GCUGGAAGAGUUUCGUAAAAUGACAGCGGCUCUCACCGAAGAUGAGCUACUCCAAAAAACCUUCAAGUUGCCAUACAUCGCGAUCACAUACAUCAAUGACAGAGGUGGAAGUCUCACUCUGGAAAAGUACAGGGUCCACAUGUACAUCCCAAGGGGUGCACUUGCCAAAGACUCCCCGCAACUGGUGUACAUUUUUGUCGACCCAAGUGCGCCACCUGUUGAUGGAGUAAAUCCUCCCUAUGUCGCUCUGUCACCGAUGAUCCAGUGCGGCCCUACAGGUCUGAAGUUCUUAGACAGCGUGGUGGUUUCCUUUCCCCACCACGCUAACAACGAGUGGGAGCUCAGUACUCGUAUGUGUCAUAGUGAUGAAACUACCCCUACAAUCUGGCAGGCACUAGAUGCCGAGAAGGAUGGCACGAUGGUUCUUUCGCGUGACAACAAGGUCGUUCUUCUCUUGAAGCAUUUCACGCGUUUCGUAGCGGGAGGCGUAGCGUGUGAGGAGAGUGCUAAGCCGAUGAAGACUGGUGCAUUUGGAAGCUUCUAUGAUCCGUCCGAUGCACGUUAUGCUGUACGGAUUCACGUUUGGAACAAUGAUCCAGUUGCCGAGAAGGUAUAACUAUAUUAGUCCGUGGGACGAGAGGCUGAAAACGCUUU